UUAUCGGUACAUAAUAUACGUAACCUUCACAGUGAGAGCAUAACCGUUGCAGUGAAAGCAUAACCUUAAAAGAAAAUAUGAAUCGGACAAAUUUCCGUGUAAAACUCGAUUUGUGUAAAUACUAUAAUGAUCAGCAUCGUUUUUGUUGGAUUUUUAUUGACUCUACUAAAAUGAUAGAUGUAAACGAUAUAAAAGGACAUAUUAAAACUCUGUUCCGCAUUAAUGAGCCAUUUGAUUUGUUUCUAAAUGAAAUUGAAUAUUUACCACCUAACGAGGACGUACGGAUUUUAAAGGAGAAUGAAACAGUUUUGGUUUUACCUAAGUCUCCACUAAGCUGUACUCAACUGACAAAUCAGCUUAAUGUAUCUGUAAGCAACCCAGUUUCAUCUGUAGACACAAGUAGACAAGAUAGCUCUGCACAUCCAAAACAAGUUGAACCAAUAUCGAUAAAUUCUUCAUCUUCAAAAAAUCCACCUCAACAAGAGCAGUUGCUGAUUAAUUCUCGUGCUAUAGAAUCAAGUUCUAUGCAACAGGAAUGUCCAGCUGCUAUAACAAACAAAUUGCAAAAUGCUAAAGAAAAUACAAAUACAGAAGUUCCUUAUGUAUGUGCAAGGAGAAAACGUGCAAGGAGACGGAGAAGCUCGAAACUUGAGCAGCCACCGUUAGUCGAAGAAGACAAACCUAGUAAAGCCAACGUUAUAAAUUCUGAAGUUGUCCCUCUUGGUAAACAUGUUCGUUUUGAUAACGUAGAUGACAAAAUUUGUCUAGAAAAUCCAGUUACAUGUCCAGAAACGAUAACAGGAGCCCAUACUACUGUAUCACCUGCUAAUGAACUUACAAAUUUAUUAUCAAUGGCUAAUAAUCCUACUCCACCUACCUUUGAGAACAACAGGGCAAAGAACACGGUGAAUGCAAAGGGUCCAAGCAAAGAAGUAAAUGAAGUCAAUGCAUCUCCUGCAAAUUUCAGUGAAAGUAUAGCUUCAAUUAAGGAAUUAAAAGGAUCAAAAGAGUUUGAGGAUAUAGAUUUUGAAACAUAUCCAGUCAUGACAACAAAACCAAAAAUUAAUGAUGUUAUAGCGUUUAAGAUGCUCAAAAUUGGCACAGAUUUUACACCGCAAGUAUCAAACUUUAUUGUUGGAGAAGUUGUAUCUUAUAAUCCAGAAAAAUCACUAUACACCUAUAAAGUAUUAAAAGGCUUGUCAGAACUGCAAGUGCCAGUUGGAAAAUUUAACUUUGUGGAAGAGUCAGGGGAACAAGUGAUAAAUGAUACAAUUAAAUUAAAUUAUGCACAAAUAAUGAAACCUAGACUAGUGUCUGUAUCAAGCACUAAAUAUUUGUAAUUGUCGACUUCCUGAUUAUUUAGAUAAUAAUUUCAUACACUUCUUUAAAAUAUUUUUAAUUAAAUAUUCUUGUGAAUUA